CUUAACGGUGGUUGCAGGUUCUUCGUCUCCAGCAUUUCCGUCACCCCUCUGCUCAACCACUGCAGUCCUCCUCUGCUCCGAAGAUGCUUCCAAAUAGAACGGGCGAACAUGAUGCUACGAACGAUGGGGCCACAUAUGGCAGUUCAUUGCCUCCCCUCGUUUCCUUUAUCACAGCAAAAUUUCCUGUUAGGUUUGCUUCAGGGUUGUUAGAAGAAAAAAAAAGGAUGAACUAAAUGAAGAAGACGAGCGCAUACAAAUGAUAUACCAGAUGAGGGAAAAAGUUAACUGCUGGCAGUUGACCUCGGAGGAACGAAAAGUUUGAGAUUUUGUUCUAUCUGAUGGAUGCGGCUUUGCAUGGAGGAGAAAGUAGUAAUCAACAGGGUGUCUCAGGCUGAAGAUGGAAAUGGUUUACCAGAGGAAAUCCUCGAGUUACCAAACUCUGAAUCUGCAAAGUUAUAUUACAUAUUCAUCCGCUUCAACAUUAUAUGGAAACUUAAUUGUUUUGCACUCAUAACUUUGAAUUUCUUUGAGAAACCAUUAUGGUGUAGCAGUGUUUCCAAGAUCUCUUGUGGUAACAGAGACUACUAUUAUCUUGGGGAGCUUCCAUACUUGACUAAUGCAGGAUCUUUGGCAUAUAAGGUAAUCUUAAUUCUUAAAUCACUGACCUACUUUCUUAUUGCAAUUCUUGUGGUGCAUACUCUGUUUCCUGUUUUAUAUAAAGGAGGUCAGCUCUAUUGGAGAAGCCAUGUUAAUAAGCUAAAGGCAAUUGCACUGUUAAUUCUGGCUGCUGAUUUAAUAGUUGAUAUCCUCAAUCUCUCUCCAGUGGCCAUAUAUUCAUUUCCUUUGAGGAUUGCACCUUUUUUUAGGGUCGUUUUCUUUAUCUUGAGCAUCAGGGAUUUACAAGAUAGCCUCAUCAUAUUGGCUGGAAUGCUUGGCACAUAUCUCAAUGUUAUGGUUUUGUCACUUCUGUUUCUUUUGAUCUCCAGUUGGUUAGCUCAAGUCAUCUUUGAAGACACUCAACAGGGAACUACAAUCUUUGUUUCUUACCGAGCUACAUUGUAUCAAAUGUUCCUUCUAUUUUCCACAUCCAACAAUCCAGAUGUUUGGAUUCCUGCCUACAAAUCAUCAAGAUGGUCUUCCCUUUUUUUUGUUCUUUUUGUCCUUCUGGGUGCUUACUUUUUCACAAACUUGAUUCUUGCUGUUGUGUAUAAUGGCUUUAAAUCUGAGCUAGCUAAACAAGUUGGUAAGAAGGACCGAAUGAAGACAAGAAUAUUGGGUAGAUCCUUUAAUCUCAUUGAUGAAAAUGCUGUUGGCACUCUUGAUAAGGAUCAAUGUUUCCAAUUGUUUGAAGAACUUAAUAAAUAUAGGACACUAGCAAAAAUAUCAAAACAAGACUUUGAGUUGAUAUUUGAUGCACUAGAUGACAGCCAUGAUUCUAAGAUUGAUGCAUCGGAAUUCAAUGAUCUUUGCAGUGCAAUUGAUAUAAAGUUUCAAGAGGAGGAUGUGGAACCUUGGUUAAGAAAGUUCCCCUUCUAUGAUUCCCCCUUCUCUAAAACACUGAAAAGCUUUGUAAUAAGUCCAAUAUUUGAACGCGUAAUUGUUUUUCUUCUCCUCUUGAAUCUGGCUUCUAUUAUUAUCGAAAGGAUGCUUGAUACAAAAAACAACUCUGGUCAGAAGUUGAUGCAGAAGGUGGAGUUGGUGUUUGGUUGGAUAUAUGUAAUCGAGAUGGCUUUGAAAGUUUAUGCAUAUGGAUUUGAAAACUACUGGAGGGAUAAUCAAAAUCGAUUCGACUUCAUUGUCACAUGGUUCAUAGUUAUUGGAGAAACAAUAACAUUCAUAUCUCCAAAGGAGCUAGAGUUCACUUCAAAUGGGGAGUGGAUUCGCUAUCUUCUAAUUGCAAGGAUGAUAAGAUUGAUUAGGCUCAUAACACGUGUUCAUAGUUUUCAUGCCUUUGGUAGUGUAUUUUUAACAGUGAUCCCAAGUUUGAUGCCAUACCUGGGCACCAUCUUUUGUGUUAUGUGCAUUUACUGUUCCAUGGGUAUACAGAUCUUUGGUGGGAAAGUCAAUGCUGGGAACCCAGAUUUACCAAGUACAGAUCUUGCUGAUAACGAUUACUUGCUAUUUAAUUUUAAUGACUAUCCAAAUGGCAUGGUGACCCUCUUCAAUUUGCUUGUGAUGGGAAACUGGCAAGUUUGGAUGCAGGAUUAUGGGACAUUGACAGGAAGUGGUUGGACCUAUGUGUACUUCAUCAGCUUUUAUCUAAUAACAGUUCUACUCAUUCUCAACUUGAUCGUGGCAUUUGUGUUGGAGGCAUUCUUUGCUGAGAUAGAUCUGGAAGGUUCUGAGCAAGAAGAAGAAGAAGAAGAACAUCGGGAGGAAACAGGAGGGAGGAGACGCCGUGCCAUAGGCACAAAAACACGCAAUCGUAGGACUGAUAUUCUACUUCAUCAAAUGCUGAGUGCAGAGCUGCAUGAAAUACGACGAAGUUCUGAACCUUAAAUAUGUAAAGGAAAACGAUUACACUAAUUGCAACAGUUACUAUUCCAUACUUUCCUGCUUGAGGCCAAUUUCUAAUGUUUAUAUGGAAGCGGAUUACAAAAGCCUAUCGAGAUAGAGAAUUUAGUUUGGUUUUCUUGCUUCAACUAAAAACCCAAAUUAUUUUGAUACUUCUUUUAUGUGGAC